AUCCAUUUGAGUUGGCAUGGACUCAAACUGCACGGACACAUUUUGAGGUUGCCAAUGUCAAGUUUCAUUUAUUUUUCGUUUAUCUGGUAAAAAAAUUCAGGAGUUUGGUAAGGAGCCUUAUUCCUUCGGUCCUGCAGUUUGCAUACAUAGACCCGCUAAGAGAAGACCUCGGGGACGGAGUGGGUGGGGUUUGGGGAGUGUUUCUCACUCCAGAGAUUUUCAAGUCCACGGGAAAGCUGAGAUGCGAGUUGUUGACAAGAUUUCGGAAUGAAGUAGGCUAACCUCAUUGCUCUUUUGCCCGGAGAUUCGUCGUCAUGAAGCAGUGUCUUUCUGAGCUCUUAACAUUGGUGCUUCUGCUGAUGUUAUACGUAACCGGUUGUGGUUGUGCUCUAGUCGUAUCACCCACUGGACCCACCCUGGUCAAUGCUUUCGUUGGCACCAAUGUGACCCUUGGUGUGUCCUACAGUGGAGCGACUGGGCCUUUGGUGACCUGGUACAUGGGGACAGUACGAGUGGCUAUAUGGAUAGCGGGCUACAGCAUUCCUCCCGACAUCGCUCCUAUGUACAGGGGGGUGUUAUCCGUAGAUCACAGCGGGUCUCUCAUGUUCUGGAAUAUUCCGCUCAACUAUAGCAGUACAUACACAGUGCAGAUGAUGAAAUCAGGGGGCCGUGAGGCAUCGCUCAACUUUACACUCUCUGUAUAUGACAGCAUCCAGGACAUUUCUGUGGGCACUGGGGUGCAAGAUGCCAUUGAGGGAGGCCCUGCGUUUGUGCUCUUCUACAGCUCAGUGCCAGGCCAGGCCACAUAUUCAGAGUGGUACUUUAACGGUCUGCCGGUGGCAGAUGGCCCUGUCUACUCCAUCAUGGAGAAGAGUCUGACGAUAAAGCGGCCGAGCCGCAAUGACACGGGCCGCUACAGCGUCGUCCUCACCAACCCGUUCAGCUCCGGGACACAGUACAAGGACGUCACCGUGUUUUAUGGGCCAGACCAGCCAUUUCUGGAGGUCAGUCCUACAAAGGCCACCUUUGUUGCAGGGGAGACUCUCUCUCUGUCCUGCCGAGCUGAAGGAGUUCCCACACCCUCUGCUACCUGGGUUUAUAAUGGCCACGGCCUCCCAACCUCCUCCAAUGGAACGCUCGAGCUCAUGGAUGUGCAACCGAGCCAGAGCGGUGUUUACACCUGUGUGCUGCUUAACACGAAGACCAGUGCACAUCUCGAGAAGGACAUCACCAUAGAAGUGCGGGGUCUCAGUACGACUGCUAUUAUUGGCCUAGCUGCUGGAAUCCCUUGCAGUAUCCUUCUAUUGAUCCUACUCAGCAGCCUCAUCCUCCUGUGUGUCUUUUGCUAUAAAAAGAAAGAUCGAAGCCCCAGAUAUCCUGUAUCAAGAGCAGUGGAGAAAGCUGUGGUCAGUCAGCCUGAUCUGACCAAACCUCACAAACUUUUGACCAGUGGACUUAAACAGCCUCCUAAUUACAACCUUUACUGUAAUCAGGUGAUAACAGAACGAGGAGGAUCGUUGCCGUUGGCGACCCACCCAAUGAGAAUGGCUACUACAGUGUAACUGCUGCUCUAGCUCUCUUCUAGUCUAGCGUUUAAACAUUUUAUUUCAAAUAAUGCUUUUAUGCCAUUAAAGGAAUUUAAAAAUGGGAAAACGCCCAGAUCCCAGCAAUGUGUAGACCUACCUCAUCUCAUUUCCCAUGGUUUGCCAAAGAGUCACUGACUGACUUUUUUAAUAGACAGACAUUAGUGAUGUUAAGUUUAAAUGUAGGAAUUAAUAACUGAUUUCUUCCAUGGAGACAACAAAACACUGUUGUAAACCUCUCUGGACAAGAGCAUCUGCUAAUUGCUGGAAAAAUGUCUAACAUGAGCUACCUUUUUUUCCUUCUGGAUAUCUAUAAACCAUUUUAAUAACAGGGAAAUGGUGUCUAGCAUACAGAGUCUGUUUAUCUGUAUGAGAACCUGAUCUGGUUCAAAUCUGAGCCACCCACACAUUGGUUUGUCACACAAAUGGCGUCAAAGAAUUAAAGAAUUAUAUAUUUAGGGUUGUAAAAAGAGAAACUUCUUAGCAUGCUCAAGUGAUGUGUUUUUAGUAAAUAAUAUGGAGAAUUAGUAAUGUGCUCUUUGGUAGGAAGGCUAGAAGUUUACUUGAAGUUUAGAUACUAGAAGUUACUUGGCAACCCUGAUGAAGGCAGUAUCUGCUCUGUGGGUAACUUUCUCUGAUCUGUACCAGUGCGUUUAAACUUUUUAUAUUACCUAUGUGUAUUUGCCAUGAAAAGAACAAUUUAAAAUGCAGUGUGUGAGUGGGUCUCAGUAUGAAGUGAACUUCUCUUAUUUAGGGCUGUUUUGAUUUCAGAUCCUCUGGUUUUUGUUCUUUUUGGUAAUCAUUUUGCUUCCUCGUUGCCAAAUCAAGGGCUCUUUUCAGCAGUGUUGUCAUUGUAUUGGGUGUAACUGUGCAUUUUAAAUUAGUGCUCUUCGUUUGUAGUUCCUUUAAUACCAUUUUUCUAAGUCUCACUUCCAAAAGAUUUCAGUAGUUCGAGCUGGUUAAAUGUUUUUCACAUGGUUUUUACUUUGCAAAAAGAGAAUAUAAGAAAAAGUCUCAAUAUUUGAAUUUUUUUUCUUACGUCUUAAUACUGUAUUUAAUUAAUUUAAGCCUUCUUUAAAUGUGCUAGUGCCAUUGAGAAUGUAAAUCUCUUUGACAAGAGAGACCUGGUGUAUCAUCCUAUGCAACACAGCAUGCACAAUUUGUAAAAUAAAAAACAGUGACAUUGA